AUGUGCACUGAGAGAUCCAUGCGAGACCCAGAAUCUUUCCCACAGAGAAGAAGAACCCCGUCUUUCUCCUCUAGCCUCCUUGACGCAAUUUACCGUUCGAUCGACGAGUCAAAAUCCAGUCUUGGUGAGGAUCUUGAACUGGGGGUCUCGAAAAAGAGCAAUUUCACCUAUAAACAGAGUGUGUAUAUGGAGAAAGGAGGGAAAGUGAGGAUGAAUCUUCGUCGAGCCGUUAUGAUGGAGGAUUGGAUGGAGAAACAGAGUUCUAUGUUGUUUAAUUCUUCUUCAAGCUCAUCGGAAUGUAGCUCUCGUGGUGCAGCAUUUUCAUUCUCAGAAACAGAAGCCAGCUUCAGAAAACUAAGGCCAAAGCUCAGAUCCGAGAGGACCCAGAAGCAUGAGAAGCCAAAGAAGGUGAAGCAGCCAAUUUCACCUGGAAGUCGAAUAGCUAGCUUCCUGAGCUCCAUCUUCAAUUCUGGGAAUGUGAAGAAGGCCAAGAUGUGUUAUGUUGGAGCUGUAGAAGAUGUUGGCCUUGAGAGAAAAUCAAAAUCACCAUGCUUAUCCACUUCCUCUGCUUCUUCCUUCUCGUGCAUGAGGAAAACUCCUAAAUGCCAGAAGCCCAACAAUGGCAGCGUCAAAAGAUGCGUGAGAUUUUACCCAGUUAGUGUGACCCUAGGCGAGAACGAAAACUCCCAACCGUACCACAGUGAUCCAAACAGUGUUCGGAAAUUCUCAAGAAACCCUUCAAUGAAGAAGUUGAAGAGCUGCUCUGUAGUGGCUAAGGAAAACAGAGCAGAGGCAAAACAAGCAAAUGGCGAGUUAAAUUUCAGAGGGUUUUAUGGUCGUAAUAAUGAACAUGAGGUUCAUGAAGAUGACGAUGCUUUGAGCUGUUCGAGUUCAGAUUUGUUUGAGUUGGAUCAUCUUAUAGGAACUGCAAGGUACCGAGAAGAGCUUCCUGUUUAUGAAACUACUGAUUUAGAAACCAACAAAGCCAUUGCUAAUGGUCUUCGAGUGUAG